AUGAUGGCCGAAGAAGGCGACACGCCGAACCCUUUCGAGCAUGCUGAGCAGGACGAUGCUUCGUGGUUUGGGAACGAGGACGACUCGCGGGCGAUGGACGGUGCGACGCCCGACGCCGACGUCGAGGAGCAGCAUCACCAUCCCCAGCCGCUCCACCAUCACGACCCAGAGACAGAACACGACCAGCACGCGCCAGAACAUGCACAAGAGCACGCGCGGGACGGCACGGCUACCAUCCCCAAUGGACAUGAACACCAAGAGGCGCCGACAGAAGAGGAAGCACACUACCCUGAAGAACACGAACACGAACACGAACACGAACACGAACACGGCGAGGCCGGCCCAAUUCUAGACGGGACGGACCGCGUCGCCGAGCUCGAGUGGGAGCUGCAGCGCACACGCGAGGACAAGCAGGCCUUCGAGGACAAGUACAAUGGUCUGCUUAGCAAGUUGACCACGAUGAGGAACACGCUCGGCGAUAAGCUCAAGCAGGAUGCGGUCAGUCACAUUCGCUUUCAACGUGUUCGUCGUCCGUCACGAGCGGGGGCAAACGACUGCGAGUGGGGGGAACCUCGAGGCGGCUUCAGUCAUGGCGAGGAAGCUCACCCCAGAGAUAGAACUAACGAACACUCUUCUCUUCAAUAGGAUGAAUUGGACCGACGAGAACAAGAGAUCAACGAGCUCCGGCUACACAUCGACGACCUCGCCUCGACGAUCGACACCCUCAAGGCAGAGCUAAUACAGGCCCACGAAGAUUCGGAGCGACUGCAUACCGAGCUCGAGAGCCUACGUGCCAGAGCCUUUGAUUCCCAAAAAGGUUUGUCAGACGAGGCUGCCGAACGCGAGAUGGCCCUGCGGGACGCACAGGAGGAGGCGGAGCGGAUUCGGAUCGAUCGCGACGAGUGGGAGGGCGAGGCUAUGAGGGAACGCGUCAAGAGGGAGGAGCUGUCGACACGGUUAGGUCAACUCGAAAUGGAACUCGGCCAAUGCAAGGCCGACCGCGAUGCGUUCAGGGAAGAGAGGGAUCGGGAAGCCGAGAGCGCGUCGAAUCUGCAAACCGUCUUGGAGGAGUUUCAAGCAGGUAAGCUCAAGUGCGGAGGGUACAGAGUCUAGUGUCAAUGAAGAAACUGAUCAAACUUACUAUACUCGUAGCCAAAGAGAAGGAACUUCGGUCGACAACAGGGGACCUGCAAGCACAACUCGACGGUGCUCACGACUCGAUCGGGAUAUGGAAGCAGAGGGCCAUAGCCGCCGAGGUGAGUAGCCACGUCGAGUGUGCCGCCCGACUUGACACUGGUCUCAUAAUUGCCGCAUGGUCCAGGCAAACCUCGCGUCCGCGCAAAAUGAUUCGGAGAAGGUCAUCACGCUCAGUAAGGAGCUGAAGGAGAAGACACUGCUGACGGGCAAGCUGCGGCAUGAAGGUGAGUCGUGGUCUCAGCCCUAGGGAAUAGCACUGCGAGACGGAAUGACUGACAGGAAAGGAGAUGAUGCAUCAGCUGUAAUUCUGAAUGAGCAUCUUACGGAGGCUCUGCGGCGGCUUAAGAAAGACUCGUCCGAGAACUCUGUCGACAGGUGAGAAGCAUUAGCCGUUGACUAGUUUUGAUUUGUCGACAUGUGCUGACCCUUAUUAACAUGAUGCCUCUCCAGACGACUCGUCUCGAACGUGCUUAUCAGUUUCCUCAACACUCCCCGGGGCGACACGAAACGCUUCGAAAUGCUGCAGCUCUUAUCCUCGAUCCUGUCAUGGUCGGACGACCAGCGCGAACAAGUCGGACUGCAACGUUCGGUCGCGGCCGGCUCCUCGGGGCGAACAGGGAGAGGACACGCUCGGUCAUCAGGAGCAGGUACAGGGAAAGGUAAAGCCGCUGCGACGACGCAGGAGGAGGAAGAUGGCCUUGGCGAGAACGAGAGCUUCUCGAACCUCUUUAUCGAGUUUCUCCUUAAGGAAGCGAAUCAAGCCGCUCCUUUCACCUCGACGACCUUGCCGAAGAAGAACGUGGACGGCAUGUCUUCUCCACCAGGGAUGACGUCCCCCAUUUCACCAGGAUCACCGGGACUGUCACCGCCUUUAUUAGGGCCAGGUCAAUCGAGGAUCCUGCCGGAACUGGGCAGUCCGCCACCGCCGAGUCGCAGACCUAGCUUUACAUUAUUCUUUGGUCGAGGAUCGAGGGAUCGAGAUCCGUCACCUUCUCAAGCCAACGGUACAGCAAGUGCUCCAUCGCUGGCCAGGAAUUCGGCUGCUGUUAUUCCAGAGUGA